AUGCGGUGUCGGGGAGGCCACUGCGUGGCCGAGCCCCGGAGGCUGCGCUCUGUGGCACCAAAGGCCAACUCCCAGCGCCUCGCUGCCUCAGACCUGACGCCCGCCCUCAGGCGGUUGCACCUGACCAAAUGCCCUGAUCAGACGCCGGCCCGCAGGUGCCUCGUUGACAGGAGGUUGCGCGAGGUGAGUGUGCGCGUUCCGCAGUGGGGUGACAGUGUGGGUCUCCUCUUCCCCGGCGGAGACGGCGCUGGCCGAGAUGGCCGCCCCAGCCCCAGGGCACUGGAGCCUGCGAGUCCUUGCCCUCGUCGGGGCUGCUCCUGGGCCGGGUCACUGGCCGCCUCCUUGUGA